ACUGUGCUCUCAUUGGCUAGUUCUGCGCUACGUCAGUGUUACGCGCCUUCCUAUUGGCUGCCGGGGUGACGCCUCGCUCUGUGUGUCUGUCCCGGACCAGCAGCCCGCUGAAGGUGAACCCGGCCCCGUCUCUCGCUCUCUGCCCGUCUGUGGAAGCACCCUCUCCCCGUCUCCUCCUCCUCCUGCACCGGGAUCAUCCGCCUGACCCUGAGCCAUGUCCAUAUUCAGCGAUGUCCCGCAGGCUCCUCCGGUGGCGGUCUUCAAACUGACCGCCGACUUCAGGGAGGACAGCCACCCGCAGAAGGUGAAUCUGGGAGUUGGAGCUUACCGUACCGAUGACUGCCUGCCCUGGGUGCUGCCGGUGGUGAAGAAGGUGGAGCGGCUGAUCGUGGAGGACGACAGCCUGAACCACGAGUACCUGCCCAUCCUCGGCCUGCCAGAGUUCCGCUCCGCCUCCUCCAAGGUCGCCCUGGGAGACGACAGCGCCGCCAUCCAGGAGAACAGGGUGGGAGGGGUCCAGGCUCUGGGGGGUACAGGUGCACUGAGGAUCGGUGCAGAGUUCCUGCGACGUUGGUACAACGGCGUCAACAACACAGCGACGCCCGUCUACGUCUCGGCGCCCACCUGGGAGAACCACAACAGUGUGUUUGCUGACGCUGGCUUCAAAGACAUCCGGCCCUACCACUACUGGGAUGCUGCUAAACGGGGCCUGGACCUCGCUGGGCUGUUGGACGACCUGGAGAAUGCUCCAGAACGCUCCAUCUUCGUCCUCCACGCCUGCGCACACAACCCCACCGGCACCGACCCGACCCAGGAGGAGUGGAAGAAGAUCGCAGAGAUCAUGAAGAGGAGGAACUUGUUCGUGUUCUUUGACUCGGCCUAUCAGGGGUUCGCGUCUGGCAGUCUGGAUAAAGACGCCUGGGCCAUCCGCUACUUUGUCUCCGAGGGCUUUGAGCUGUUCGUGGCUCAGUCCUUCUCCAAAAACUUUGGCCUCUACAAUGAGAGGGUUGGCAACCUGACCGUCAUCGCUCAGGACAACGAGAACCUGAGCCGCAUCCUGUCCCAGAUGGAGAAGAUUGUCAGGACUACUUGGUCCAACCCUCCGUCUCAGGGAGCACGCAUCGUCAGCAAGACCCUCAACUGCCCCGAGCUCUUUGCCGAAUGGAAGGGUAACGUGAAGACCAUGGCAGACCGUGUCCUGCUGAUGAGGGAUCAGCUGAAGGCCAAGCUGCAGGGUCUGGGCACCCCGGGGACCUGGGACCACAUCACCCAGCAAAUCGGCAUGUUCAGCUUCACCGGCCUGAACCCCAAACAGGUGGAGUUCAUGAUCAAAGAGAAGCACGUGUACCUGAUGGCCAGCGGUCGCAUCAACAUGUGCGGCCUGACCUCCAAGAACAUCGACUACGUCGCUCAGUCCAUCCACGAGGCCGUCACCAAGGUCCAGUAAAGGCUGCUGUUUCUAUCCGCCCACUUCCUGCCUCCUGUACGCCACAGGAAGUCCCGCCACACGUGUGCCCUCGUACCCCUCGCCUGCUCAUCCCGACCGCUGAUUGGUUGAACUGCAGCAGGGAUUUUGCAGUUGAACCAACGGUCAGACCUUUUUUUUUUUUUUCUCCUGUUCUCACAUGAAGGUAUAAACCUUUGGGAGGUGCAAUGAUUUUAAUACGACACUUGAACGCACACAGUCAGGUCUCACCGCCAGCAGAGCUUCAUAUGUUCAUGUGCAGAAGUUGGUUCGCGUCCCUUCAUGUGCAGGUUGUCUUUGAUUUUAUGCGGUUCAAAUCAUUUCUGCUCACAAACGUCCACUCGGAUUUUUGUUUGCCCUGUAAUCACUUACAUGACGUGACGUGUCCGUAAUAUUGAACAAAAUGCUGUUAAUGUAAAUAGAUGUAAUCACUGUUGAAGGUCCUACUAUUUCCUGCUUUAACCUUUGAACAGCCGUCAGACUUCACAUGUACAACAACUAAUCAAUGGCGUGCUUUGUUUUGAUUUCAAAGGAUUUGUUGUAAGACAGCAAAAAGGCUCAAUCAUCUCAUCAGGACUUAUGUUUCAGUGUAAACUCGGCGGUUAUCGUCUCCGUCACGUUCCCGGGCCGACGGAUCACUCAGAGUUGUAACGCGCGUGCCUGACGUUGUAAUUUUAUUUGAGUUUUUUGCCUUGUCAGACGAGUGCAGCUACGUAGACGCUCGUAACGUGAGCACACAAAGCGACUUUGUGCCAUCAUUGAACAAAAAAGAACCACCUCUCCUCGUUGUCUUUUCUUUUCUUUCCUCCCCACAGUGUCCUUAUUCUGUUACAGAACGCCUCUUUGUUAGAAACACGGUUGUUGUAAUGAGCCACUCUGAUCAGACGUCAGAGUCAGUGCAGAACUCCACUCCCAGUGUGUGGUGCUGUUUGUGACGGCACUCAGCAGUAUGUGUGUUCAUACUGAAAUAAAUUAUAAACCACACAAACCAAA